AUGGGGCUCCGCGAGGGCGGAGGUACGCGGAAGCUUGUGCGCUUGCUGGUCUUGCUCCUGAACGUAGUGGCUGAGGAGCCCGGGAGCGCUAACGACACCAUUUCUAUAGAAGCGGCCAUCUCGGAGCCCGUCGUCAAGCUCGUGGAGUCGGGUGGAAAUCUGACACAUCCCAGGGACGUAGAAUUUGGAGAAUGUACAGUUACAUGUGGCAUUGGCAUUCGAGAAGUUAUAUUAACUAAUGGAUGCCCUGUAGGGGAAUCAAAGUGCAUUGUCCGUAUUGAAGAGUGCAGAGGACCAACAGAUUGUGGAUGGGGAAAACCAAUUUCAGAAAGUCUUACUAGCGUGAAGAUGCCUUGUAUUUUUAUACCUCCAGAAAACCGAUUUCAGUAUGUUUGGAAAAUGUUAAUUCCAGAUCAGCAAUCACUCAUACUUCCUAAUGAUUCUGCUAUUCUGGAGGUCCACAGAGAUACUCACCCAGUUGCGUUUGAGUGUGAUACAUCAGAAGAUGAAGACCUGAUUGCAACUGUAAAAUACACAGUAUAUACAACAGCUGAACUGGAAACAAGACGGUUGAAGAAACCAAGUACAGAUAUAGUAUUGGUGUUUGUCCUCAUAACUGGAGUUAUUGUUUGCGUUGGCGUGAUCUUUGCAAUAAUCUUCAUCAUUCUUAAUUGGGCUGCUGUAAAACUAUUCUGGCAAACCAAAGUUUGGCGAACUAAAGAUGAGUCAAGUUCAAUGAGAACCUCAUCAGGGCCGGUACCCACAGUAGAAACAUCUCAGUUCUCACAAUUAGAAAGCGCAGUGCAGGAGCAGGUGUCCUACAAUGAAUGGAAUGCACCACCAGAAGCAGAAGGCGAAUAG